AUGACAUCCACGAAUGAACGUUUCUUAUAUUCCAAUGAAUUCAAGGGUGUAGUUUUUGCAGGUGGUUCUGGUAGAAUGCUGGGGCCUCUAACCAAGAAUAUUUCGAAGGCAAUGAUCCCAGUAUGUAAUAAGCCAAUGAUAUGGUACUCUAUAUCUAAUUUGAUACAACAUAGGAUCAAAGAUAUAUGUGUAUUUUGUGAGGAGGAAUAUGAAGAUUCUAUUAGAAAUUACAUUUCUGAGACGUUUUCAAAUGAAAAAGUGAUCAAAAGGUUUGAAUUCGAAGAAACAUAUCAACAAAAUAUUAAAAUAAUUGGAUUAAAGGAAGAUGAGUGUUCAAUAGAGUCAUAUGGUACUUGGAGUAUUCUAUCAGAAUAUGGGAAGGAAUUUCUGCGAGAUUCAGACUUCUUUGUCUUAACCUGUGAUGUAAUUGGGCCACUAGAUUUACUCAAACUGGCAAAUAAGCAUCGUCUGUCUCAAGCAGUUUGUACUGUCUUGCUGACAGAAAAUCCUGAUUUGUCCAAUAUUAAAAGUACCGGAAAACAAAAUACUAAUUCAAACAAUCAAGCUCAGGCAAAUCUAAUUGGUGGUAUUUCUGUUGAAUUACAGAAAGAUAAAAAUAAAAGUAUUUUUGUUCUAGAUGAAAAAGAAGAAGUGAUACUAUCUAUAAGAGAUUUUUAUUCUGCCAGACAAGAAAAUGAAGCUUUCGAAUUAAGCAAACUUCAACUCUUUUGGCAUCCCAAUGUUUCACUACGUACUGACUUGAUAGAUUUACAUGUUUAUCUAUUCAAAUCCUCAAUUUUCAAAAUCCUUGAAAUAGCAUCCGGUUCACGAAAAAUACCCACAAUCAAAUACCCAGAAGAUGGGAUUGAAUCUAUCAGACUGGAGCUUUUACCAUUUCUUGCAAAAAAUCAACAUGUACCUGGCUCUGAGCUUUGGGGUAGGUCCAAAUUUGAUUGCAACCAUUUUCUAGACGAAGAAAUAACCUCAAUCUCAAAUGAUUUACCUAUUAAAUUCACCAAAAUUCAUCUUCCUCCUAAAAUUGAAGGGACUUCAGUAUCAUAUUUCCUACAAAAAUCCCCUCAAAAUUCUGCAAGAGUAAACACGAUCUUGUCUUUACAUGAAUGCAAUCUGGCGGGAACUUCUCCUACACAUUUCCCCACAUGGCUCAUUGAAGAACAGGCGGGUGCAAGUGUUGGGAAAGAAGUCAUUAUAGGUCAAAACAGUAUUAUUGGUAAAAAUGUGCAGUUAAGAAGAUGUGUAAUCGGGUCAAACGUUGAAAUAGGUGACGGUUCUAAGAUUGUUAACUGUGUUAUUCUUAAUAAUGUGAAAAUAGGGUCCAAGUGUACAAUUCAGAACUCUGUUAUUGGUGAUAAUUCCGAGAUUUCAGACACUUGCAAAAUUUCUUACUCUGUAGUAGAGCACGGUUUUAAAGUUGAACCAAAUUCAAAAUAUCAGGGGGAAAUAUUGGAAAAGAGAGAUGAACUUUUUGAAAUUAAUAUUUAA